UUCUCAUCAGACUACCCAUACGACAGCAGCCUUCCAACCAUACCAUUACAGAUACUCUUGAUUUUCUAGUGCAGAAAACAUUGGCCUGAUUUACAUCCUCCCCUCACAUCCACAUAUCCACCAUGUCGCGAGCAGGAACGUGGUUGAAAAUGCUGGGAACCGGCAUCGUCAUCUGUGUCGGCGGUCCCGCCCUGGUCCAGUCCAUCCGCCCCACCGACGAAGAACUCUUCAAGCGAUACAAUCCCGAUCUGCAGAAGCGCAGCCUGGAGGAGGGUGACCGCCGCGCGCAAGAAUUCGAUGACUACGUCAACCGGUUAAAGCAGUGGUCCAAGUCGGAUAAGUCGAUUUGGUACGCGGCGCAGGAACAACAGGAGCAGAAACGAUCGGAGGUCGAAGCGCAGCGCAGCAGUGCUAAGGAGGAGGCGCGCACACAACGCGAGGAGAUGCGCAAAGAGCUGUUGGGUGAUAAAUAGGUGGAUUGGCUGCCACGGUAGACGAACGUCUGCUGUGUACGCUGGUGUCGGUUGGAUUCGUUUUGGACGGAAAUCUGAGGAUCUGCUCGCCCUGAUAUUGUAUUUAUAAUUGUGUUCCACGGGCUAGGCUUAAAAUUUCUCCUUUGCAUUGGGUCUUUGCUUGGAUGGCCUUUGACUUGUACGAUAAGCUGGCUUUAUGAGUUAACGAAGUGUGUCAGUCUGAUC